UUUUUCAGAAUUUUUAAGACAUUUUGUUUUUAUAGUUCCAAGGAGGUCAAAUGGCUCAACAAGGAGCAACAAAGGCGGCAUCGACGAAGAGCCCGGAGGGGUCCGUUAGGAUCACGGUUCCCCCUCUAUCGUCAUCUUCCUCCUCACCGAAAAAUCAAGAAAAAUGCAUCGUUGGCGGAUGCGGCGUCCAAUCUAGUACCUUGAAACGAGUUUUCAAUCAGAACAACGCGAACUUCGGACGAAGCACGGUUCCGUCGCGGCUCAUGUACUAUCGCAAUGGUUCGUGGAUGAAUUUCUCGGCCGAUGUUGUAGAAACACUGAAAACCUGUUUCGUGGAGCGGAAACCAAUUACCGAAGCAUCGGUCGACGGAGCAAAGUAUAUUUUUGAUUUCAAGAAAAUGAUUCAGACUGAUUACCUGACAGGAAAUUGCAGGUCAAUUUCUUGGACCGAUGAAAAUGACGAGUGCUUUUUUCCUAAAGAGGUUUUCAGCGAAGAAGACUUUAUGGAAUCCGAAUAUGAAAACGAAAAGGAUGAUAAUAUUAUCUGCAAUUACAAAACUAAGAAUAAUAAUCGCUAUCCUAAGAUUGAGAUUGAAAUUAAGAUUGAUCCAAGUUCAUCGAAGAGAAAGCGAGAGGAGGAGGCUGAAGUGAGUUGCACUAACAAAGCCGCGGGAGGAGCUCCUAAACAUCCUCUUUUGGAGGGAGGAGCUCCUAAAUGGCCUAAUACGAAGCUGUUGAGUGAAGUAAUGAGAGAUUAUUUGCUUGUUAAGGAUCAUUUCUUGAACGGAAUAAGGAAAGUUGAUGCUGGGGUUAGGCUUACUUCAAUUCAUCAGUAUAAGGGGGAAGGGCAUUUUGCUAAGGCUCGGCUCGAGGUUUUUCAGAAGCAGAUUGAGAUUACUAGGGCUGCAAGAGGCACUACAAAUAUGGUUUUUGCAUGGUAUGGAGUGUCUGCCAAGGUUGUGGAUAGUAUUUUGGUUCAUGGGUUUGGAUUCCUUAGUAGGGUUCCCUUGACUGAUCUUUAUGGGAUUGGCGUUUAUUUGUCUCCGUUUGGGCUGCCACACUUGAGUGCAAGGCUGGCAGAUUCUGAUGAUAAUGGUGUAAAACAUCUUAUUCUGUGCCGGGUUAUAUUGGGGAAUGUUGAGAAAGUGGAAGCUGGAUCUAAACAGUGUCAUCCAUCUAGUGUUGAUUUCGACACUGGUUCUGAUGAUCCUAAGAACCCAAAGUGGUAUGUGGUAUGGUCAACUAACGCUACCAUGCGUGUUCUUCCUGAGUUUGUUGUGAGUUUCAGUCCUUCUGGUAACAUGCAAGGUCAACCAGGGCAACUAAUAGCUGUGGGAGCAUUGCUUUCAAAACUUAAUCGCUCUCUUCCACCUGCCAAACUCCAGGAAAUAUCGAUUUCAUUUAACGCAUACAAGGCUGGAAUGAUGACCAAAAAAGAUUUUUCAAGGAGGUUACAACUGGUUGCUGGGGAAAAGGCUCUGAAAUGUGCUAUUGAGGAAAUUAAUGCUUCUGGAUGA